AUGGGGUCGGCUCUUGGACGGACUAAGAAGGGCGUGUCUCGCCAGCAGUUGGUGUCUCCAACAUUGCACGGUCGCGGGAGAGGCCGUGGAGCGAAAGUGGGGGAGGCGGAAAGACUGGCAUUCUAUGGCGUCAAUUAUGCCCAGUUACGGUCAAUCCUGCUCAAGCCUGCUCUGUUUUGCUCAACAUGCACCAUGUGGGGUCACCAACGGCGAUCAUGGGCGGUAAAACAUGACAGGAACCAAUUGCAAAGGACGAAGAACCACAAUGGCUCAACGACGCAGGGACACGACAGAAGAAAGACCGAACUCUUCGUUUCAUCCGUGAGUUUCGACGGGGUUUCUCCACAAAUACCUCAUGCGGUAAGUUCCUCUUGCCCGCUUGCCAGUAUAGUGUGUGCUUUGGCACACACACUAAAGCAAAUGUCGAACCAGCCAGAGAGGGGGCGUCAAUUGAUGCGGGGGGGGGGGAUCUUAAUAGUUGCACAUUCCCGAUUAGGUAAUUCUGUCACUCGUCUCAUUAAAGAUUGCGUCAGGGCCGAACAAAUGCGACAAAACGCCACCAAAUGCGGCGUUGUUCCUGUUCGACAGCGACAUUUUGUGGACCCCGCGUCAUUGUCCGAUGCGGCGGACCAUGCCGCAAAAAUGUUUUAUUUUUGUGGGGAAGGAUGUGCUGGCCGGACUAAAUAUUUUCCAUCAUCUGCGGCGUUGUUGAGGGAGAGAUCUCAAAUAGCCAUAUCGGAUUAUUCAAAGAAUGCUUAUGCAAAAAUUACCCCAACUUUUUUUCCUCGUAUACUCCAAUUGGAAAUGAUUUCUAUGGUAUUGUCAUGA